UAUUAUUAUAAAUUGUAAAUGUAGACUGUAGCUUUAAGUAAGAAAGAGAACAACUUGAAAUUAGGCAUUAAACUAACGUUUCCAUUUAAUUACUCCAAAAAAUCCAAGCAUUGUGCAGAGAAAGAAACAAUGACGGAAGAAUUGCAGGUGUUCGGUUUCUGGUCGAGUCCGUUCAGUCUCCGAGUGGAGUUGGCUCUCAAACUCAAAGGCCUAAGCUACCAAUAUGUUGAGGAAGACAUAGCCAACAAGAGCCAUUUGCUUCUCAAAUACAAUCCAAUUUACAAGAUGGUUCCUGUGUUUGUUCAUAAUGGAAACCCAAUUUCAGAGUCAACCAUCAUCCUUGAAUACAUUGAUGAACAUUGGACAACCAACCCCAUCUUGCCCCAACAUCCCUAUCAAAGAGCUCAAGCAAGAUUUCUUGCCAAGUGUAUUGAUGACAAGUUUUUUGGUGCGUGGAGGAAAGCUGCUAGAAGUGGAAGAGAAGGGAGGGACAAGGCUAUAGAGGAAGCAUGCAAGGUAUUGGAAGCAGUUGAGAAUGAACUUAAACUUGAUGGCAACAAUAAGUUCUUUGGAGGAGACAGAAUUGGGUUCGUGGACAUUGUAGGCAUCUUUAUAGGCUAUUGGGUUCCUGUCAUGCAAACAGCUCUUGGGUUUGAGAUUCUGAGCAGCCAGAGGUUCCCAAAACUAAGCAAAUGGAGUGAAGAGCUUAUUAACCAUAGCGUUGUGAAGGAGAUUCUGCCUCCAAAACAAGACCUUUUUGUUUAUGCUCAAACUCUUUAUAGAAUCAAUACUGUGGGUUCUAAGCUGUGAGAGUGAAUAUGGCUUCCUAAAAGAUGGUUAAAUUAUAUUCUCUCAAUCUCAGAAAUAAAAUUACCAUAUUAUCUUGACGUGUCUAAUAUGUGAGAUAAUCUAUUAAGGACGCAACAUGAGGGUAGCUCAACUGACAUAUCAGUUGUGUAUACGUUUUGUUUUUUUGUUUGCAGCAAAAUGAGUUAUUACUCAUUUUAAUUUUUGUAUUUACUACAUUUUUUUAUCCCUUUUGUAGUU